AUGGCAUAUCAACAAGCUAUAUUCAAAGACCAAGAGUUCAAAACACGCAUUUUGCUGUCUCUUCAGUCCAGCCUACCAAAUGAAAUCGAUUGGGCCUUCAAUACACUGAUCAAAUUUUCCUAUGCAUCUGAAAACUUUUCCCUUGAUUUCAUUCCUACGUUGAUCGACCUGUUGCUGAACUUCACCAUCGAUUUCUUUCAGCAGCAAAUUGAAGCAGACCAAACCACUGCCGACGUCUUUUGCAGCAAGGCACAACAAGAGAGUUACGAGCGCGUACUGCAAGUAUUCCACAUUUUGCGCAACUUUAGCUUCUUAGAAAUGAACAUUCGUCGAUUAGCAACACACGAACGUCUCUUGUUUUUACUCAUGAAAGGCAUCGCAUUGCCUCCUAAUUCUCAGUACGGUGAAUUGAGCAGACACUGUCUGGACAUUUUGGAAAACAUUGCACCUCAAGUGUCGCUUGGCAGCCGUGAGGAUCCUUACUUGACAACUAUGAUUCACCUCUUAUUCACCAACGAUCGUGCCUACAUUUUGGGCGCUAUCCGUGCUUUGACUCGUGUCGCUGUAACAGAAACAAAUGAACGUGUGCUGGGAUAUGCAGAUGCCGAUGUGAUUCAGCGUAUGGCUCAGUUUUUGAUGAUAGAUGACGAGGAAUUAGCAGCUGCAACUUUGGAAUAUCUCUACCAGUACUCUAGUUUACGUGGAAACUUCUCUGCUCAACUCAUCAGAGGCUAUCCUGGCAACUUGGUGGGCUUGCUGACUGGGUUCUUAUCCUACAAGUCCUCUUUGGCACCUCCAUCAACGUCCGCCAUUGGAACCCUUCAUGGUAUACCAGCAGCACAAAUGAUCAAGGUACCUGAACCCGCAGCCUCCCAGAAACCAACAAUUCCAGAUUUAACCAACUACCAAUAUUUGGAUGAGCCUUAUCGCUGUCUUGGAUGGCUGAAGGAUCAGCUGUUGAGCGGAUCAGAGACAGACAAAAUUACUUUGAAAGACAUAUUCACUGAAUACCAAAAGUUAUUCGGCACAGAGAAGCCAUUGGGGCUAAAGGAGUUUUAUACAGUGCUCAAGAUUGCAUUUCCUCAACCACCCUCAGUGGAAGAAUCGUUCAAUGGGCCCGAACCAGUCAAUACAGUGCUUUCCAACGUGAAAUUAUCACCCACCAGACGAAGAGAUGGACCCAUUUGUCAUUGGAAUGAGUGCAAUCAAAGCUUUGAUAGUCCUGUAGAGCUACACAAACACAUCAUUCAAACACAUUUAGAAGACCAAACAGAAUGUCAUUGGAUGAAAUGUACAAGAGCACUUGAUGAUAAACAACAUGCCAUCCAACAUAUGCGAACACACUUUGCCAGCAAAGCCAAGAAGCCACUUCCCACAAAGCAAACAUUCACAGUAGCAAAGAUCCCCAUUGAUGACUCAGAAGUCUCUGGUAUUCCAUUAACCUCUGCGUUACUGCUGAGAAACCUAGCAAGAAACAAACAACACCACACCUUUUAUCUGCCUUACGAAAGUGAAUUAACCUUGUUGGCAAUUCAAAGACCCAAAGUAUCCAAGUACAUUUUAACAGUUUUAGGUGAAUUACAAGCCAACUAG